CUUGUCGUGUUGCCCGCUGCCAGGUUUUGAGUGGGUGGUCGGCGACACUGGAUGCCAUGCCGUGAAGAGGAACUGCAGUUCCCACUUGAACUUGAAUCCUGAGGGUGGAGAGUGACCUAUCAAUUCGGCCCGAUAAGGACACAACGCACCUGGCACGUGUCACGUGUGGUCCAGCCUAAUAAUGACUAAUCAUACGCCGCUAGUGAAUGAACAUGUGACUCUCCAGUGGGAUGGCUCGGCUGUGCAUGCAUGUGAUUCGGAUCCGGGAACGUCGUUGUUCCGGAGCGUGUAUUUCGGUUGAGCGUUGAGGGCGUCACAUCAUCGCCGUACACCGCCCGCUUCUGCGUUUCAUCCCCUUGUCGCAUCACGCUCACGGCACCAACCUCGACGAGGAAAGAAUACCUAGUAUCUGCAUAAAACUUCUGUGGUUUCGCUUUCUGCAGACCUACAACUGGUCUUUUAUGCAACGCUGGCGUGCUUGAAUCGAUUCCAAAUUCCUACAGUGGCCGUAGCACGGUCCUCCUGCCUGCGCAUCGUCCCAACCGCUUCAAGUUCGCUGUUCGUUAUUUCCCGUCAGCGCCUCAGUCUCCUUGCCACCAGAAACAGAAACAACAUCCCCAAACCAAACAAUCCGUUCGUCUCUGCCGCUUCUAUUUCCUCCUCCCGUCCGCUCUCCAUGGCUUCCGCAACGACCUUUUUCGAUUUCACGCCCAAAGACAAGCGUGGGCAAGAUUACCCUCUGUCGCAGCACAAAGGCAAAGUCGUCCUUGCGGUCAACACCGCCUCUAAAUGCGGCUUCACUCCUCAAUUCGCCGGACUCGAACAGUUGUACAAGAAGAUAUCGGAGAAAUACCCCGACCAAUUCGUCGUCGUCGGAUUUCCGUGUAACCAAUUCGGCGGACAGGAUCCGGGCUCCAAUGAUCAAAUCCAAGAAUUCUGUCAGGUCAACUACGGCGUAACCUUUCCAGUGCUGGGAAAGACGGAUGUCAAUGGCGACAAGGCGGAGCCUGUGUUUGAGUGGAUGAAGUCGGAGAAGCCGGGUUUGAUGGGCUUGAAGAGAAUCAAGUGGAAUUUCGAGAAGUUUUUGAUCGGUCGCGACGGAAAGGUUAUCCACCGAUACUCAAGCAUGACCAAGCCAGAGACUCUGGAGAAAGACAUCAUUGCUGAGAUUGAGAAGUCCAAGUCGGGUUAGAAGGACGGAUUCAAUGCGUAUAUUUUGGCGGCGGCGGCUGCUGAAUCCCAAGUCCAUAUUCCAGGUCUUCGCCUUGAUGUUGCUGUUUAUAUGCUUGUUGUUGAUCGUUUGGCAUCGUGUACUCCAACUCGACUUCGUCGUCUAUCUCACGGUGUUUCCUCUCUUCCGCAGCGUGUUGUAUCUUGCGCCUCCGCCUCACAAUGAUGAACAGAACAAUAGAUAGAAGGAGGAAAAGGCUGCAGUAAGUUAGCCAAUGCAGGAGAAGCAGGUCGUAAAAGAACCAACGCACCUGAGGCCAAUGAUCAGGGGAAUGCCAGUCGUCUGCCAUUUGGUGACAUAUCCCUCGCACAGGUCCAGCGAAGGAUCUGUGUUAUGGCACUUUUCUUUUUCUUCUCUCUUCCACAUGAACAUACUGAAAGGAUGGGUAGAGUUCAACAGCUAUGCUGGAAAUGCUGCAAGGGGCGGGCGAUGCGAGCAGGAAAAAUGGGACAAACAAAGAGAUAUCGCCGCAAUUGCUUGUUAAAAUAUGCUUCGAAAGAGGUACUGGAUGGUAAAAGUAUAGUCCUUG